AGAGCUCUCUGCAGAGAUGUCAUGCAGGAGAAUCAUCAGAAUGUGACCUCGCUGGAGUUUCCGCUUUUCAAAACUGAUGCGAUCUCCCAUCUGAAACAAGAGGAUGAGCCAGGGGUCCCAGAUCUCCAUGAUUCAGAGGAAAGAGAGAUCCUGAGAGGUGCCUGCAUAGCAGGUGAUGGGAUGGUGAGUGAGAACGAGGAGAAGAAACCUCUGCAGGAAGAUGCUGAGCAAGUGGAACCAUGCAGGGCCUUGCUGCAAAGAUCUCAGGAGGACGUGUCCAGGAGUCAUGAGCAGAGAGAAGGUUGUGAGAGUCAGCACAGGCCAGAGAGGAAGCAGGGAAACAAGCCAAGGGAGAAAACAAAUAGCUCCAUUAAUUAUUGGGGACCUCAUGAGUACCUUGAGGUAACCAUAGCCCAGCACAAAAUCCACACAGCAGAGAGAAAUAACCCAUGCAGUGAGUGUGGGAAAAACUUCAGUAGACGCUCUGACCUUAUUAAACAUCAGAGAAUCCACACAGGGGAGAGACCUUAUGAGUGCUGGGAGUGCAGGAAAACCUUCACUCGCAGCUCAAACCUCAUUGCACAUCAGAGGAUUCACACAGGAGAGAGACCCUAUGAAUGCUGCCAGUGUGGGAAAAGCUUCAUUUGGCGCUCAAGCCUUAUUACACAUGAGAGAAUCCACACAGGUGAGAGACCUUAUGGGUGCUGCGAGUGCGGGAAAAAAUUCAUUGAGAGCUCAAAGCUUAGGAAACAUCAGCGAAUCCACAUGGAAGACAGCCCCUUUGAAUGCUGCGAGUGCAGGAAAAACUUCAUUCAGAGCUCAGACCUCAUUGCACAUCAGAGGAUCCACACAGGAGAGAGACCCUAUGAGUGCUGUGAAUGCGGGAAAAGCUUCGCUCGGAGCUCAGACCUUAUGAGACAUCAGAGGAUUCACAUGGGAGCCAGACCUUAUGAGUGCUGUGAGUGUGGGAAAAACUUCGCUCGGAGUUCAGACCUGAUUAGACAUCAGAGGGUCCACACAGCCUAGAGACACUGUAGAUGCUCUGAGUGUGGGAAAGCUUGUCUCAGAACUCAGCCCUUACUUAUCAUCAGAGAAUUUGCAAGGGAAUAAACACCACAAGAACUUUAUCAAGGGCUGACAACAGGGUUUAUUUGUUUUUUUCUUUACUAGUUUUUGCUAAUUCCCUCUUAAAAGCUCUUUGAACUAGGUGGGUUUCCCAUUUUUCUCUUUUGUAGCUCAACAUUCUUUGGGAUUAAUCCUCUGCUCCAAUCUAUCAACUCCUUUGUUCUAUGAGUCAUGGGAACAUGUCUCCCUAUUAGCUCCAGGGGACGGGGUGACCUAAACUAGCUCCAUCAAGAGAAAAUUACCUGGCCCUCAUCUCCACUCGGUUUCCCAUGGCCUUAGCUAGCUUAAUGUAAAACCACAACUAUUCCUACAGUAAAGACAUAGCCUGUCUCAUAGUAGUUGGGGUGUCUAGCAGAUUUACUCAGAACUUCACCAGUGCUCCAUCAGUUUUCCUUGUCUAAACAACCCCGGAGCGUCUCAUUUCUACUGUUCCUCCCACUGUAAAGGGAUCGUUAGAGUCACCAAGUUCCCCUUUGGGAACCAAUUCUCUUAUUCCCAUUUUUCUCACACUGCUGUGGAUUGUGCUGAACAUCAGUUAUUUGUUGUACCAUUUUCUCACUUAAAAUAUAUUUAAUUAUAACAAAGUCUGUGACACCCAAAGACAAUCAGGUGUGGCGGAGGGACAGUUUUUCCUAAUAUCCAACCUAAACCUCCCCCACUGCAACAUGAGACCAUUACUCCUUGUUCUGUCAUCAGGUACCACUGAGAACAGUCUAGAUCCAUCCUCUUUGGAACCCCCUUUCAGGUAGUUGAAAGCAGCUAUCAAAUCCCCCCUCAUUCUUCUCUUCUGCAGACUUCCCAUCAUCCCAGCAGUGUUUCCUUCUGUCUCAGCUGUAUAGAGUUUAUCUUCUUCAUAUUCUAUCCCUCCACCUUCCAUCGUUUCCCAAGACACAGUGUUCUGAGCUCUCCAUGCUUGGGAAUCAUGGUUCAAUUUCUUUGAUCCUAAAUCAGACUCAUUAGGUUUGGAGGUGAAAGUGUCCCGGAAGGAGAUUUUUUAAUGGAUCUAAAACCAUGUGAUCAUUCUUAGUUUAAACUCCCAUUUUUCAUCUAUAGGCAAAGCCACUUCUUGUCUUUUUCCUUCUGAGUUGGGAUUGUUUUAAGAUGGGAAGGCUGAUUGUUUUUUCCCAUUAUGAUGAUGCUAAAACUUUCCUAAAUCACAUGACUCAGUAACUGUGAGACAGCAUGGAGUGGGAGGGAUAGCUCAGUGGUUUGAGCAUUGACCUGCUAAACCCAGGGUUGUGAGGGGGCCACCUAGGGAUCUGGAGCAAAAAAUCAGUACUUGGUCCUGCUAGUGAAGGCAGGGGGCUGGACUCGAUGACCUUUCAAGGUCCCUUCCAGCUCUAUGAGAUAGGUAUAUCUCCAUAUUAUCUCGAAGCAGGUUUUAAAGGAUGAGAGGAGAUGAUGAUGGGAGAAUCUGUUGUCCUGAUUCUGAGUCAUCAGGGGUGUCCUGCUCUGGAAUUUAACUUUCUGUGGAACCAAAAGAUUCUUACCCCUAGGUGAGAGGUGGGUUUUUCUCUCUCUCCAGAAGGCCGUUUGGUUACAUAACUGGAUAUCAGUUUUGUUUGACUGAAUGUAACAGAUUUCCUGGGGACUUUGAGCCAAAUGGUAAAAAAGAUUUUAUUUU